AACACAAGUCAAAAAAUUGUGCUUUUUGUUUUCUUUCAAAUCGAAAACACUUCAGAAUCGUUUUGACCAUCGGUGUAGCGUGUUCGCAUUUUUAUAUUCGUGCGUUUUGCCUCGACAAAGAAGAAAACUACGGCAAAAGAAAAUAUAAAUUGGAAAAUAAUUAUUAAUUUUCACUUUCCACCACCUUUCGUUGUUAAUAAUAAUCGUGAUGUGUUUUUCCUUAAUGCGGUGAAUAUUGGAAUAAGUUUGAGGAGGUUUGAAAGAAUAUUGUGAAAAAAUUAACUUUGAUAGAAGCAAAAUUAUUUUUAUAUAAAAUUAUCGGAUAUUGACAGUGAAAAAAUUGAAAAACAAUAAUUGAGAGAAAUAAAAGAAAGAGUUAAAAAAAAAUUUAUGAAUUGAAAGGAAAGUUGUGAUUCAAUAUGAUGGACAUUAGCAUGUAUGGAAAUCAUCAUACAUCGCACACAAGUGGAUUUCAAAGUCCUGACAUUGGUUCAGGCGGUUACCCAUAUUUUUCAGCUGGAGCUCAUCACCACCAUCAUCCUCAUAUUCAGUCUCAUCAAAUGCAUACACAAAACGCAGUUUCAGCUUACGCUGCUCCAGUAAUUCCAAACAAUUCUCCUGUUAAUGCCACGAACGUCAUUCAAUCGGCGUCAAAUAAUUCAAAUCAUUUAUAUUCGGCUGCUGCCAAUCAUCCACACCUUUAUAGUCCAACAGCCAUUGAAUAUGGGAUUCAUACGUCAACCAACAAUUCUCCUUCAGAACAAUAUUAUGAACAUGGAGAGACUGGAUACUAUGCGACAGGUAAUGGCAGUAACAAUAAUGGAAGUAACAAUAAUAAUGGAUCACCAAUGCCAGAGAACCACAUCAUUAGUUCAGAUAAUGGAUUGAGUUACACGAAUUUAGAUUACAUCGCUUAUCAACAAGCUCAUGGUAAUCAAGCUUAUCUACAUGGAACCGAUGAAAAAAUUCACAUUGCGCAUCAUUACAACGAAGAAAUGUUAAUGGCGAAUGGCCAAACAACUUUACAUCAUCACAGUGCUGGUAAUAAUCAUUGGCAUCAUACGCACGGUCAUGGAUAUGGUGUUGAAGGCACGGGUAUCUUGCCAAACCAGUUGAAUAUUGCAACAAUGUCUACAAAUGGAUUAGCGUCCCAACAACAAAUCAGUCAUUCAAUGCAUUCGCCAAGCGGAAUUCAACCAUCACAAUCAACAUCACCAACUUUACAAAAUCAGCAGCAACAACAGCAACAGCAGCAGCAAUCACAGCAGCAACAAAACGUACCGCAAUAUAAAUGGAUGCAAGUCAAACGUAAUGUGCCAAAACCUCAAACGACAAAAAUUUCACCGCCAAUGCAGGAAUAUUCGAUACCAUCGUCAAUUGAUCCAUGUCGUGGAUUAACCAACAGUUUAAUGGGCUCGGCAGCCGCUGCAAACACGCUUUUGUUGAACGGUAACAACACGGGCAGAACAAACUUUACCAACAAACAACUAACAGAGUUAGAGAAAGAGUUUCACUUCAAUAAAUACCUCACGAGAGCAAGACGAAUUGAGAUUGCAAAUGCGUUGCAAUUAAAUGAAACACAAGUUAAAAUUUGGUUUCAAAAUCGACGGAUGAAGCAGAAAAAGCGAAUAAAAGAAGGACUGGUUCCGGCAGAACCUCUUAGUCAAUCGCCCAACAGCAACCUUAAUAAUAGCAAUAAUUCCAAUGAGCAAACAAAUCUACCUGGCAGUAGCGAAAAUAGUCGAGAAUCCAACUAAACAUAUUCGAUUUUAUUUUCUAAUUAAAAGUUUUCUUCCUCAACACUCUCCUUUUAACAUUGACAAAAGAAAAAACAUAAAUUAAAUGUCAUCAGAUUAUCGUAAAGUGAAAAUAGCCUUAAACAUUUUCCUGAAGAGAAGUCAUACAAAAGCUAGUCUCUUAGACUUUAGUUCAAAUAAAUUAUUAUUAUCAUUAUAAAUAUUUUCUUAGACAGAGUCA